AGUAUUUCAGUAAUGCUUUACAUGGCCAACCAGCAAGUAGGUUUGUCCGUCAGAGUUGUUUUACGUCCAGUGAUCGUGCGGUGUUUUAUUGUACAACCCGUGCAAACGUUAUACACACUACACUACGGCUUACGGCAUUCGUGAGACCGUGACGAUUAUAUAUAAUAUAUCUGUUCAUAUAUAUUAUCAUAAUAAUAUAUAAUAUAUAAAUAUAUAUAUAUCUAAUAAUUUUAAUAAUAGAAAUAUUUGUAAUUUUAACAUUAAAUAAUUAAAACUAAAACUUGAAACUCAAAUGUUUGAUGGUUGAUUCAAACUUAUAUACUUUUAAAUAAUAAAAUAACCAGAAGUAACUGAAGCAGUGGGCCUUUUACGGUCGUAUUCUCUUGCAAUUUUAAAAAUAAAUCGGCUUUAUCUUCUGUGCUUUGUAUGGUUUACGAACGAUCCAAGAUGCUGUCAUCAGUGCCAGCUAAAUAAUAAUGUGGUGCGACGUUGGUCAGAGUUGUGCAAUGAUGGGUCUGCAGGCCACGGCAGGAAAACGUAAACUGGAGGGAGGUGUGGGCUGCAUGGAGUUCGACAUGGACAUGGGCGAGAGCCCGUCGAAGUUAGGAAGAGUGGAGGGUAGCUGGUGGGCGAUGGAGGACAGCUACACGCCGCCACUGAAUCAAUCCUCGUCUUACUACGAAAUGGAAGUGAGCUCGCCUUGCCUCCAGGGGAACCCUUGUCAGCCAACGGGGAACCUGCCGCCAGCAGGGCCCCAGCUGCACCAUCCGCCCCAGCACUACUACCACCAGCGCAGCAGUCCCCCAGGAGGGAACGGUGGGUACAACCAAUUAUCAAGGCCCCAGCCCCAGUGGGGCGCGCCGCAUCACUACGAGCCCCCGACGAUACGAAGGGAAGAGAACGGAAAGAGUUACCUGGAGCUGGGCUCGAGCUACCGCGCCAACGAGAGAUGCUGCGAGGGUUCGAGAACCAGCUGGUGCCGGCGGGGAAGAGCUUGCUACCGUCAGCGCAGGCUAGCCGUCCUCAACAUCUCGAUGUGUAAAUUAGCGAGAUAUCGUCAAUUCCCGGACCCGAGUCUGCACCGGUCCGUCUUGAUCUGCAACACCCUGAGGCACCUGGAGAGAGAGAUGGAGAGAGACCGGAGCCCACCCCCGAUGGAGCCGGUGGUCCCGGCCCCGAUGGCCCAACUCCAGCAUCCUGAGCAGGGCAGACUGACGCCCUUCCCGAUGCCCCCGACCGCCUCCAAUGAAACUGACGUUGACUCCGGGAUCGGCGACAGCGACGACAGUCGGUCCAUAAACUGGGGCAGCGUCUUGUCCCUGUCCAGCCAGUCGCCCCUGGACCCCCUCAACAACAACGAGCUCCUGGACGUCGACAUUGGACCUGAAAUAGACCUGGAUUUUAUGCCAGGCUGGAAACUUACGCCCCUCUCGGCGGAUGACAUCCUCAGGAGUACAAAUGUCCAAGAUCACCACCUAAACACGACGAAUAACACCAGUAGUACUAUUAAUAAUAAUAACAAUAAUAAUAGUAGCAAUAAUAAUAAUAAUCAUAUUAUAACGAGUAACAACAGUUGUAAUAGCAGUAGUACGCACGAGUCGUUAAUGUGUGUCGGUUCAUAGCCCCCAAUACUCGCGUCGUUGAGCCAUCUCAUCGACUUUUACCCUCUCUCGCCACAGGGAAAAUAGGUGCCCCUUUGGUGGCCUUCUAAAUGACGAUACGACGCAGCGACGUAUCACAACGGGAUGACCCCGGUGUUGUUACGUAGACGCUGGUCGGUGCAUUUACCAAUAAUGUUAAAUAAAUAAAUAAAUAUGGCUCGUGUCAAUUACACUCCACUCGACUAUCAUCACUUCCUCGUUGAUUGUUGCGGAUUUUAAUUUGCGUCGGCGGUCUUAAUGGACAAUUGCAAUCACAAGAUGAUGGUGAAGAUGAAAGAGAUUCGCAGUCGCAAAUGCAACGUCAACUUAUCAUCGGAUCAGCGACUUAAUAAUCACGGAUGGACGCUCAAUAUCAACUGUGGAUAAUGCUAAUAAUUAGA